AUGCAGGACUUGACGGAUAUGGAUUACGAUGGACAACGUUUGUUGGACGUGAUCAAUGAUCCCAACGCUCUAGAGAGUUUCCUUGGCGGCAUUGGGAAUGGAAGCGGGAAUAACGGUCCUGUUAACGCUCACAGUGGUGUUUCGCUGGACUCGACCCACACCAUCACCCAACAGCAAUUGGCUAGUCUACAACAGCAGAUCCAACAGCAGCAACAACAACUGCAGCAGUUGCAACAACAACAUCAACAGCAGAUACAUUCCCCGUUUUCAGUUCCCGUCAGGUCACCGGCACCUGGUACAAGUCCGGCUGCAACUGUGAUCCUUCGUUCGCCUGCUGCUCCUCCACCGGCCGCCAGCCCUUCCUCCCUGGCAUCCAGUCCGGCACCGAAUACACUCGGACAUGCCACCUCUUACUCGGUUUCCUCUCCGGCACCGGCCCCCUCACCCGGUCCCCAGCAAUUCAGUUACCGAGCGGUUCCUUCUCCUCAGCAAAGGACAGGUUCCUUGUCCUCAACUCCAGUGGCAUCUCCCAUUAAUUACCCUCCUGGACCAGGUCCAGGCCACACGGGACAAACUACCCAAUCUGUCCAGCUACCAGCUGGAACUAUCACUAUUCCGGCCCUCGCUAGUACGUUCGCAUUAUUGGCUUAAUGAUUAUUAUAUUCAUUGUUAAUCGUUCAAAUUCAUGUCUUAGCUGCUGUUGGUCAAGUCCAGCAACUUGUCUCGGGUGGCCAGGUGCUUCAAAUAUUGUCAGCUCCACCACCCUCAACGACUCCCCAAGUAGUUGGCCCCAACACGACCACCUCCCCGGUUGUGAGGCAUCCUGUGGCAGGUGCCCGUUCCAAACAGCCACAACUAAGGCCCAAACCAGCUAAUAAUUCGAGUCCUGGGCCGGCUCAACAGGCUCAAGCUGUCAACCCAAGAACGUCAUCGCCAGUUAUUAUACAGCAGCAACAACAGCAUCAUCAACAACAACAGCAGCAGCAACAUCAGCAGCAACAACAGCAACAACCACAGCCUGUCCAGCAGCAAAUCACGCAGCAACAUGCGACGGGCCAAGUAGUGCAAUUGGGUACGGGUGGUCCUACAGGUACACUGGUCUUCUCAGGUGGAGGAAACGCAAUGUUUCCAGCUUUGGCCCCAACUGGCGGUCAGUUUUUCCUCCAGCAACAAGGCAGCGGCGGGUUCCAGCUGAUUGUAAGACCACCCGUUCCUUCCAGUUCACCUCCUAAGCAGCAGCAACAACCUCAAAGCAUUGUAAUGCAACCUCAGAUUGGUCAAACCGUCCAUCUAGCCCCCAACAACAACCGUCCGGCAAAUGCUGUGGCUGCUGCCGUCCCCGCAUCUCCCUGCCACCCUACCAUAUCCCAGCAUCACCAGCCCAUGGUAAGAUUAGUCACUUUACCUGGUCUGGGCACUGUCCAGCUACAGCAGAUUCAGACGCCCAAUGGGCCGGCCUUCCUGGCCGUCCAGCAACCGCAGCAACAUCAGCCACAGCAGCAGACGCAACAGCAGCCGACUACCUUCUUACGUAAUCAUCCAGGGCAACCCACAUUUAUACAGCAACAUCACGUCAUCCAACAACAACAACAACAGCCUCAUAUUGUCACCCAACAGCAACAACAACAACCUCAUAUUCUCACUCAGCAAACAAUACAGCAGCAACAGUCGCAACAGCAGCAAGACAAUAUUAGGCUCAUAUCCAGUCCAGCUACCACGUUGAUUACCAAUAACGAUACUGUUGACAACAACACCAAUAAUACUUCAACAACAUUUGCUACUCCCCCCAACAAGAAACCACCAGCCAAAAAGAAGCCAAAGCCGAAAAAGAAAAAGGAAGAGGUUGUGGUUGAAGAAAAGAAACCGGCUGUCCAGGUGAAUUUAGCUGAACUUUUGAAACAGACGGGUAUUGUCGACGAUGACGAGUCUUUCUUUAUGGAUGAUGAACCAGCGCCGCCACCACCUCCAGCACCGCAGCAACACCUUGUUCAAAUUCCGGAAGAACAACCGAUCUUGCCUGCAGAGACCAAAGAAAACAACAUGAUGUUUGCACCAAUGUUGAGUGAGAUGAACCUCAUCCAGACGCUGCAUCAACAUGGGCUGGCGUUGUCUGAUGAUGAUUUACACACGUUGCGGAAUUUUAUCAAACCAAGUGAGCAACAGGCUAGUGAACAGUCCAGUGCCUUAGGAGGAAGUGAUUCACUCGCCAAUGGACUUAAAGGUGCUACAAUGUUAAAGGCACCGGCUGCGGCGGUCUCGCUGACACUGGGUAACGGCCAAGUGAUUCAAUUGACGGGCGAGCCUUUUGCAGCAGAAGCUCAGCAGCAACCGAGAGUUCAGUUUGUGACCAAUGCGUUCGAUCCCCAAGCGACGCAAGUGUUCCAAGCCGCUCCACCACCUCCCGCUGCUCCCCCUCCCACGACUGAAGUGAUGCACUCAACUAAUCACGGAUUUCAGAACGAAUUCCUCGAAGAUUUAGCUCGGAGUCAGAUUGUGUCGGAUUCUAAAAAAAUGAAAAGCAAAGCGGCACUUGUACAGAAAACUACUCCGGCUAAUGCAAACAAUAAUGCCCCGAAGAAAAAGGCAGAGCCUCGAAAAAAGAAACCGCCUCCUGUUAAGGCAGCUAAUUCCACUGCCGGAACAAAUUCAACGGCUACCGGCACGCAAAGCGCCGGAUCAAACGUUGCCAAUCCAACGACACCAACGAAUGCCGGCACGGUGCCCCGAGUGCAGACGAUUAAGUUAUCUCCUCAAAAUCAACAACGAUUUGUCAAUAAUUCGUUCCCGCAGAAUCUGCGCAACAUCCAGGCCCAAAUCCAGUACCUGACGUCCAAAAAGGAUCCCACCCCUCAGGACACCUCUCUGUUGCAGAAGCUUAUCGAACAUCACCAGAAAAUAUUGGCUACGGGGAAACCAGUACCUACCAUUCCGGGCCAGCAUGCCCAGGGCAUUCCAUUCAAUCCUACUCCUGCCCCUCCUGCUCCAGAGAGCGAGUCUGUUGUUCAGCCCGUCCCUCCCACCAACACCACCACCAACGUGUCGAGGUCGCAAGGCAAAGUGGCCAAUGUGCCGGCUAACAUCCAGCAAAAUACGCACCUGGCUAACCUUCUCCGCCAACCCGUCUCCGAUAAAAAUUCAAGGAUGACAACAUCAAACGCGACAUCUCAACAGGCUGGAUUACGGCAAAUCCAACCAUCAGCCACACAAAUUCGAACCUCGUGUCCUGCUGCUACACAGACGACGGCCGGUAGUCCGAUCGCAAGUGUAACUCUGACAUCCCUUCCUAACAAAGUCACGAUAUCAACACCAGCAUCGAUAUCCUCUGUCACAUCUACCGCCAGUAGCAAUAACAGUACUGCCACAUCAAAUACCAGCAUUUUAAGUGUGACAACCACACAGUCGACCAUUCAGUCUCCGAUGGGGACACUGAUAGUCACGACGAUGGACAGAGGAGCUUCACCCGUUGUCUCUAAUGUCAAUAAUACGAGUGGCAGUAGCUGUACGUUAACCAAUAGCCCAGCGGUAGUGUCCCCAGCACCUUCAAAUGAAGCUGGUCGAAGUAGUAAUCCACCGGCGAGGGGAGUAAAGCGACCAGCUCCUCCUGCGGCGCCUCCCAAACCUAGCAUUAGUAAAAGUACACUUUUUGAGCACCAACUGAAAACGGAUCAAAGCGGAGCCAUAGCGCCGGAUUGCAAGACGCCAUUCAAGAACAAAUCGAAUGCCUGCAAGAGGUUGGUGAGAUAUCACGUCUUCCACGAACUGGGUCCAACUCCGAAGGAACUUGAGAAGGAAGAAGAAGAUUUGGAGAGUCAUGCCCAGCAGUUACUCUCCAAAUUCCAUCAGAUGAUUAACAAAUAUCAUUACCUUCUUCUGAUGGAGAGCACGAAAGAAGCUCCUACUUCAGAACACGUGAUGGUGGAGAGAAUGUUUGCCAGCGAAGAAAAACAAUCGCUUGAACGGUUAAAAGAAGAGACACGAGUAGCCAAAGAAUUGCAACUGACCCCCGUUUGGCCGGUGAAAUCGGAACCAACAACUUCUGCGACCCCCCCUGUUGCAACUAAUGCUGCUGAUAUUGUCAAUGGUCGCCGAGAUUCGCCAUCGGAAGAUCUGAAACUAACGCCCAAAAUGGCGCUAUUGAAGUUCACGAGGAAAGAGGGCGAAGGCUACAAAUCUGAAUUGCAGUUACCGCAAGAGUACAAAGACGUCCGAGUGAUGGUAGAAGAUGUUGUCAGAAAUAACGGCCGUAUACGAGAAUCCCUCGAAAUGAAUCACUCCGUAACGGUAAACGAUUCAUCUGGAUUGUCUGGCAGUGCAAUGGAAUCUAAACCCUACGACGAAUGGGAAGCAAUCCAGCGUGAGCUGGCCCUUUACCCAGACGCUAGGGAUAGGGAUGACUUGGGAUUCGUUGGAAUCGAUGGAGAGGAAGGAGGCGUCAUCUAUGAUGAAGAUAUCAAGGCCCAGAUGCAGAAUGCCAUCGACGAUUUGUUGAGACUCAAUGGCUGCGACGAGGUAAUACCGCCACAUCACCAUCACAUUGCCAAUGCGGUCCAUCCUACUGGUGUCGCCCCAGUUGCAGUUGGUGGAGCUUCGUCGUCGACCCACCAUUACGAACCCGUAACCGGCAGCGGUGGCGUUGCUGCAGGAGGCUUACCAUCAUUGAAAAACGGUGAACAGUUUUGCAAUAACAGCGAAAUGCAGGUGGAUUUGGCUCUCAAUGAAGCUGUUAAUAGUAUCCUGUGAAAAGGGGAAUAUUUUAGAAUUAUAAUUGUUGUUCUCUAGUGUGUUACCGGCAGUCACAGGAGAUUGGGUAUCCUUUGAAUGGUCGGAAGCCUUAACAGAAAAAUUGGGAAGAGAGUAGAGAGGUAGAAACGAAAAAGACAAGCACACACAAAUAAUCCCUCAGAAAAAAAAAAGAAAGCAAUUUUGUUUUUCAUUUGAAAAACAUUUGUUUUAUUGCCUGUGUCAUAGUAACAAAAACAAAUAUGUAUGUUUUCUAAAUGAAAAACUGAAUGAAGUUGGAACUAUUAUAGAGUCAUGCACAUGCGUGCAUUAAGCAAGACAACAACAAAAUGGUUCAUGUGAUCUCUAAAAUGUGAAAAAGACAAGAAAAAAAUGACAUAAUAUCUCCUUCAUCUAUGAUUAGUUCUGUUAAACACCACACAUAUGUCUCACCCCCCCCCUCCCCCGUCAGAGAAUCGGAUAAAAAACAAACACUACUUUUAACAAGUGAAAACUAAAGCUAGAAAGCUCAAUCUUUGUGCGUGUACGUUUUUUGUUAGUUUUAAUUUCAAUGCAAAUAAUUUCUUUUUGAGGGAAUUUGUUUGUUAUUGAGUUUUGUUGUCUAUUUUUCUCUCCUACCCUUAUUGUGUGUUGAGCCGACGUCUCAGGGCGAAAAAUCACCACCCCUUACUUCAUUUAUUAUUAUUAUUAUUAUUUUCAACCUGUUUCGCGCCUCUCUACUCCCGCGUUCUGAUAAUGGUGAUGAUAAUCGUUAUCCGACCACUUAAGACUUGUGUAUAUGUGAAAAACAAACAAAACAAAAAGGCAUGCAUUUUCUUUUUUUUUUAGGGUCCGAGCCACUCCAGCCAGCUCUUGAAUUCCCAUCUAACAAAGGGGGGAGAUGAUGUCCAGAAAAUAUCUUUUAGAUGUUUUAAUUUAUUUGCCACUUUACCCUCCUCCCUCAUUUUAAAUCGUCUGUCUGUACGUGUGCAUUGAGAAAGCAUGUUUUGCUCCGUUUUUAUAUUUAAAACAUUCUAUAUUCAUCCUCUCCCCCUCUUUCUUUUUUUCUCACGGCAGUUGUUUCUGCCUGGCCUGUACGUUUGUGACUUGUCGAAUUGAUUGUGCAGCACAAUUGAGUAUUUGGAAUGUCAGAAAUGGUCGUCUUCUACUUACAUGAUAAAAACAAUUGCUCCCGCCCUUGUACAUACUUAUAUAUUGAAUUGAUAAUAAAAUUUGAAUGAAUUUCAAAAAA